AUGUCUGGAAUUCAACCUGUCGCUUUCUAUGCGCUCCAGGUGCCGCCUGGUGGUAUCAUGGUGCCUUCGCUGCCUCCUGGUGCAGUUGCUAUGUUGCGUCUGAGCAUGGCUGCUAUUGAUCCAAGCGCCACGCCUGAAUACGAAGAUGAAGCCGAUUCAAGCAAACCCGCACGGUCUACCCUCAAAAUCAUCCGUAUCCCUGAAGAGAUGGAUAUGGAUGACGAGGAUGAUGAUGAGGAUUACGAAGAUGACGAUGAAGAGGACAGUGAAGAUGACUCUGACGACGAGGAAAUCAACGGUGGGCCCAGUGACAAGGAGAAGGCCAAGAAGCGCAAGAAAGCUGCUGCGCUCAAGGACCUAGAGGAUGCCAUGGAUGAGGAUGAUUCAUCCGAGUCAGAGGAGCCGGCUAACAUCAAAUCUAUCAUCUCACAACUCAUCAAAGGCAAGGGUCCCGCUACCGGGGACGAGGAUGAGGAUGAGGACGACGAGGAGGGUCUGGAGCUUGACGAGGUUGUUGUUUGCACUCUAGAUACUGAGAAGCACUACCAACAACCGCUCGACAUAACUCUUGCCGAUGACGAACGAAUUAUGUUCAAGGUCACCGGCACACACACUGUCUAUCUGACCGGCAAUUACGUGAUGCCCGUUGACAGCCACGAACAUCUGGACGAGGACGAUGAGGAUGAGGACGACGAGGACUAUGACCUCUCGCCUGAUGAGGAUGAGCUGGAUGGUAUGGACAACUUGGAUUACCUCCUUGCUGGAGGUGAAGAGAGCGAUGACCUCGACGAUUUGGAUGACCCUCGUGUCACUGAGAUUGACUCCGAAGACGAGGCUGAAGUUCCCAAGUUGGUGGCUGCUAAAGGAAAGAACAAGCGUGCUGCCGAAGACGAGGCUGCGCCCGAGGAGCCUGUUGCUAAGGAAGCCACAAAAGCUACCAACGGUGAUAAAAAGCAGCAGAAAAAGCUGAAGAAGAACAACGGCGAUGCUGCCCCGGUUGAGGCUCAGAAAGCUGCAAAGGAAACCCCUGCUGCCAAGACGGACAAGAAAGUUCAGUUUGCCAAAAACUUAGAGCAGGGCCCUACUCCCUCCUCUAACCAGGACAAGAAGGCUGCCGAGAAAACAACUGGCACACUAGGCGUGAAGGAAGUCCAGGGUGUGAAGAUUGACGACAAGAAGCUUGGAAAAGGACCCGCUGCUAAGAAUGGAAACACCGUCGCUAUGCGUUACAUUGGAAAGCUUGAGGAUGGAAAGGUCUUUGACUCCAACAAGAAGGGCAAGCCUUUCACAUUCAAGCUUGGCAAAGGAGAGGUUAUCAAAGGCUGGGAUAUCGGCAUUGCUGGUAUGGCUGCAGGUGGCGAGCGCCGUAUUACCAUUCCCUCUCACCUUGCAUAUGGAAAGAAGGGCGUGCCUGGUAUCCCAGGGAACUCCAAGCUUAUCUUCGACGUCAAGCUCCUGGAAAUCAAAUAG